UCCUUCCCAAGCUAGAAAUGGCAGAAAGUGGAGAUCAGAUUGUUUCUCUGAGGGGUAAAGUGUGUUUAGUGACGGGAGCCAGCUCAGGGAUUGGAGCCGGAACUGCACUGCUAUUUGCACGUCUAGGGGCCCGUCUGGCCCUAAAUGGGAGGAAUGAGGAAAAGCUGAAGGAAACGGCAAAUGCCUGUGAGCAGCUCAGCGAUCAGAAGCCCUUGCUGGUCUCUGGAGAUCUGGUUGAUGAAACUGUGGUACGCCGUGUGGUGGAGGAGACCGUUGCAUACUUUGGGCAGUUGGACGUGCUGGUGAACAGUGGUGGAAUCUUAACCAUGGGUACAAUAGAAAACACAACCCUGGAUGACUUUGACCGAGUGAUGAAUAUCAACGUAAGAGCGAUGUUCUAUCUCACUCACUUGGCUGUGCCACAUCUUAUCCAGACCAAGGGCAGCAUUGUCAACGUAUCUAGCGUCAACGGACAGAGGUCGUUUCCUGGAGUCAUGGCCUAUUGUAUGUCCAAAUCUGCUGUGGAUCAGAUGACCAGAUGUGCAGCGCUGGAGUUGGCCAGUAAGCAGGUUCGAGUUAAUGCUGUUUGCCCCGGGGUGAUUAUAACGGAUGUCCAUCGCAGAGCAGGUCUAAACGACGAGCAAUACGCACAGUUCCUACAGCGCACCCAGCACACGCACGCCCUGGGACGCCCAGGAACUGUGGAUGAAGUUGCCCGCAUGAUUGCAUUCCUUGCUUCAGACGCUGCCUCCUUCAUUACAGGGGUAACUGUCCCCGUGGAUGGAGGGCGCCAUGCAAUGUGUCCACGCUGAUUUACAAUGCUGACUGAAAGCUACACUAGACUGCCGGCUAUCCUUUAUACAAUCAUUAAUAAGAACCAUGUAGAUUGGUGGCACGUAGAAU